AUGGCCAGUCACGAAAACAACGGCUCACGAAAUACCGCAGCUGAUACUGGUGAAGCCAUCCGCUCGCCUUCAUCCCGAACAAGGUCCGCCGACGAGGCAGUCACACUUUCCCUAGCUUGCGAGCUGGACCUGCAACGUGCCAAAACAGCAGGCAUGCUCGCCAGCGUAAAGACGAGGACAGCAGAGAUAGCAGAUGUGCUGGCGCGGGCGGAACACAUGGCAGAAGCCGCCUUGCGGCCGCUCCAAGUGUGGGAUGAGGCUCAGACCAUCCUUGAUGGAGGCUCAGACAGUCGCAUAGAAAAAGAGAAUGACUCUCAACUAGCCUGGGCGUUGGCGGAAGCGUCUGGAAUCUGUGAAAUGUUUUUGCAAAACGCUACAGGUGGUCGGGAGAGCAGUGACAAUGUCAUUCAACGGAUUGAUUGCUUGCUCGCUGCGCUUGAUGCCGAUGAUAGGUGA